AACACUACACUGCACGUUUUGACAUAUCCCGCUUGAACAGCGGUCCUCAGAUUAUGGCCUGUUUGGUGCCUGCCGGUGUGAUUUCCACCACAACCCUUCCGCAUUUUCCUGCUGCUCUCGGGCUGUGACGUGUCGUGCUGACGGCGGCCUCGGAGCUGGAGGAGCGGGGGGCUGUAGCAUGACAAGAUCUGGCUCCAGACGUCCUGCUUUGCUUUCAGCAGAGAUCCAGAAACAACCCCUAACCCCUCCUUCUCUGCUCCUCUCCGGCCCGCCCAAAUAACACAAAAUUCCCGACUGAAUCCUGCCCGAGUCUGGGGGAACCAGUCGGCCUGGGAAGCCGAGGAGCGGACAGAGGCCAUCCCUGCAGCAUAAAUCUGCGCUCCAGUAACAAAUGCAGUGCGAGGACAAUGGAUGAGGAUGUCACCAGGCUUGCAAUACAUUCUGAAGAGCCUAAAAUAAUACUACACGGAUCGGAUGAGGGUGGUGCCGGUGGGCAGGAGUUUGUUGUGGAGCUUCAAGAGACUGUGCUGGUGUCAGAAGGCGAGGGGGAAGGCAUGGCAGUUCACAGGUUUGCCCCAGACGAGCUAGUCAUCCAGGAUGCUGUUGAGGAUGUGGUUUCUGAGUAUGUGCACUGUGAUGAAGAUGAAGAUGUUGCUGUGGAAACCUGCGUGAUGGCUCUGGAGGGUGAGGAGGAAGGUGUUGCCAUGGGAGACAUCCCUGAAGAUGGGCUGGACCCAGAGCAGCAGGAGGAUGACCAAGAUGGCUGUGGAGAUUAUCUUAUGAUAUCCUUGGACGAAGCUGGCAAAAUGGUGUCCGAGGAUGGAACAGAGGUAACAGUGGAGGGAGCUGUCGAGGACCAGGAAGUGGAGAAGGAUGAGGAUGGGCAGGAGGUGAUAAAGGUGUACAUCUUCAAAGCUGAUUCUGGGGAGGAUGACAUGGGAGAAUCUGUUGACAUCAGUGAUGGAGACACGGAGAGUGUGGCGCUAACAGAGUCUUCAGGCCAAACACUCAGAGAGAAGAUGGUUUACAUGUCUGUUGGGGAUUCUCAUCACAAUCAAGGAAACCAUGGUGGGUCCAAGGUGACUGAUGAGGUUUAUAUGGAGGUGGUGGUAGGAGGUGAAGAGCCAGUAACUCACGACCGCUCGUAUGACAGCGUGUCUCUAAGCAAGGACUUCAUGCCUGUGGCCUGGGCAGCUGCUUAUGGUGCAGAGGAUAGCGAGAGUUGUGAAAACCGAAACGGUGCAGCCAGCGCACUGCUGCACAUCGAUGAAUCUGACGGGGUUGAUGAAAUCAAUAGACAACGCAACAAGAGCAAGAGACGGUCAGAGCCUCGCCAGGUGCAGACAGCCAUCAUCAUCGGUCCAUAUGGUCAGCCUCUGACAGUUUAUCCCUGCAUGCUUUGUGGUAAAAAGUUCAAGUCACGAGGCUUCCUGAAACGCCACACCAAGAAUAAUCACCAGGAUGUUCUGACGAGAAAAAAGUACCAAUGUACAGACUGUGACUUUACCACCAACAAGAAGGCUAGUCUCCACAAUCACAUGGAGGUGCACGCUCUGAGCAGCAAGGCCUCUUUUGAGUGUGAAGUGUGUGGCAAGGAGUUCCACCAGCAGGCGGCACUGUUCUCUCACAGAUUGCAGCACCACCACAGAGAGCCCAAGAGCCAGCCGCCUCCAACGCCCACCAAGAUGCAUAAAUGCAAGUUCUGUGACUAUGAAACUGCUGAGCAAGGACUGCUCAACCGGCACUUGUUGGCUGUUCACAGUAAAAGCUUCCCCCACAUCUGUGUGGAAUGUGGAAAAGGCUUUCGACACCCUUCAGAGUUGAAGAAACACAUGCGCACACACACGGGCGAGAAGCCUUACUCCUGCCUGUACUGUGACUACAAGUCGGCCGAUUCCUCUAAUCUCAAGACACACAUCAAGACUAAGCAUAGCAAAGAGAUGCCAUACAAAUGUGAGCGCUGUUUCCAGACCUUUGCAGAGGAGGAAGAGUUAAUGCAGCACGGACUAACACACGAGGAGAAUAAGACCCACCAUUGUGCCCACUGUGAUCACAAAAGCUCCAACUCCAGUGACCUGAAACGCCAUAUCAUAUCUGUUCACACCAAGGACUAUCCACACAAAUGUGCCAUCUGUGGUAAAGGCUUCCACCGGCCAUCUGAACUAAAGAAGCACUCGGCCUCCCACCGCACCAAGAAACUCCAUCAGUGCCGGCACUGCAACUUCAAAAUUGCAGACCCUUUUGUUCUCAGUCGUCAUAUCUUGUCUGUCCACACAAAGGAGCAACAGGCAUCUCCUGAAAAGAGUGAGACUAAGAGGACAGAGACACACACUCCUGUUGUGACACCUAAAAAGUCUGCACCUAGCGGGUCCAGCAGCUCUGGCCCGCCUGGCAGAGUCAGUGCAGCCAGCUUAGCCAGCAGUGUGACUGUAGUUAUUGGCAAAGGCCAAAAAGAAAGGAGAAUUUACCAGUGCCAGUACUGCGACUACAGCACCGGGGACGCUUCGGGUUUCAAGCGACACGUGAUUUCCAUUCACACAAAAGACUAUCCGCACCGCUGCGAGAUCUGUUCUAAAGGCUUCCGACGACCCUCGGAGAAGAACCAGCAUAUCAUGCGUCACCACAAGGACGUGGUGCAGGCAGAGUGACUCUGACCGAGCCAAAUACUGUGCCACAACAAAGAACAAUGUUGAAGUAACCCUCACACCCCAAUCACUGCACCCUCAGCACAACACCAUUCACAUUGAAAUAAUGUGCCGUGUGCGUGCUGCACUUAGUCCAUUCUGUUGUUUUGCCCUUUUCUUGAUCCUCAGCCUAAUGUUUGUUCAGAAAUGUAUACACAUGUACAUAACGUUAAUGCUCUGUCAGAGUUAGCAACAAAACCCCUCCGUAGACUUGCACUUUUAACUGCAUGUCCCUUGCUGGUGACAGUGUGCAUGGCAGAUUGUGCAGACGUCUCUUUGUAGAUAUACAUUUUUAAUUUUGCAGCCAGCAAUCAGUUGUCAAUCACAAUGGUCCUAAUUAUUUGUCUCAGAACUGAAGUGUAAUUUUGCUAAACGUUUGCGUCAUUUUGUUAAAAUGUACUAAACACAGCAGUAUGGAUUAGCAACCUGUUUCCAGUAGCACUUGCCAUCUUGGUAAAGAUCAUGAUGAAUGCAGUAAUCGAGUCAUGUGUGAUAGGUGUUGCGUGUGUGAGAGAGUGUGUGUGUGUGUUUGUGUGUAUGUGUGAGAGAGAGAGUGAGAGUCUGAAUGACAAACAAAGCAUCUGUUGUGCUUCCUGGUGCUCUGACCCUACCACUCUGUAACAUAGUGCUGUUUGUUGUGUUAACAAAAACACAAGGCUGGCUGUGUACAGCACCCAGAGAAAAGAAACAAUCAUCCUUAGCUUUGUACACAGGGGUCUACGAUCAUGAAAUUUACACAAAAUACACAGUGAAAUAGUGGAUGUGUCAUGGUAGUGAAUAAAAGUUCACACGUGCACCUAUAUCACAAUGCGAUCAUUACCCCAUCGCUUGAUUAUCACAUACCUGUCUGAUAUUUCAGUUUCAAGUCAGUGAGUGUACUGAGUUGUUCCAAACUAGUACCCAAAGCAGUAGAGAUGACGCCCUGACUGACAGUAUUUUUAGUCCAUUAGUGCUACCUGGGGAGUGAAAUCCCAUUAAUUUGAAAAAGCAGAUUUUUUGUGAUGAGGAAAAUAUGUUUUCAACAUUAUUACUGAUGAUGAGCUGUUCGUACAGAUGGUUUCUUUUUUAUGAACAAACUUGUUUUUCAUAUGAAUUGACAUAUCUGUUAAAUCACAGAAAAAGCUAAAUCUAAGUGUGAGUAUGAUACCGAUAUUAGGCUGGGUUAAAAAAAAAAAAGUUCACAUCAGUGUCCCAAUAUAACGGUCUGGUCUAAAUUGGAAUCGUACAGUAUAUCUGGUGCUGCUGUUAUGAUACUAUGGACUGAACUCUUCGUUUUCGCCCACACAGAUGUGCUUUUGCCAGUAGAAAGGGAAAAUGUAUAUCUUUUUAGAUGCAACUUCAGAAGACAGGUGCUGGUGGUGUACUUGUACUAUGGCUUUUUACAUUUUUGUUAUCACCUGUGAUUAUAUUUGUUUUUAUAUUUAUUUCAUUUACAAGUUGUUGUAUAGUUAAGUGUAACUAGACUUCUAUGGGACGUAAAUUAUUGUUUUGUAUACAAAUCUGUACAAAGCGUUUAGAUGUAAACACUUGAUAAAAAGGAAAUCUGAACUGUGUUGUUAUGGAUGUACUUCAGCGUAUUUGUUAAAAAAGGUAAUAAAAGCAAAGUAUUUUA